CGCCAUGUUGUGGCUCCCGCAGCCGGCGCUGGGGACGCGCGCGGCCGAGCCCGGGGCCUGCAGCCGCCGCCGCCUCCAGUCAGUCCAGCAGCAGUCUGCAGACGGGCAUUUGGAAGCCACUGGACCAGGUCAUUUCUGAGGUCCACUUCAGCUCUAACAUCCUCCCUUGCCAGCAUCCAGCCAUGGGGGAUAUGAAAACUCCAGAUUUUGAUGACCUUCUGGCUGCCUUUGACAUCCCAGACCCCACCAGCCUUGAUGCCAAGGAGGCCAUCCAGACCCCCAGUGAGGAGAAUGAGAGUCCCCUCAAACCUCCAGGCAUGUGUAUGGAUGAGAAUGUGUCCUUGUCUCACUCAGGAUCAGCCUCAGAUGUGCCAGCCGUGAGUGUCAUCGUCAAGAACACCAGCCGCCAGGAGUCAUUUGAAGCGGAGAAAGACCACGUCGCUCCCAGCCUCCUACACAAUGGAUUCCGGGGCUCGGACCUGCCUCCGGAUCCCCACAACCUAGGCCACAACUGUGGGAAGUUUGAUUCCACUUUCAUGAAUGGAGAUAGUACCAGGAGUUUCCCCGGCAAGCUGGAACCUUCCAAGUCAGAGCCCUUACCAACCUUUAACCAGUUCAGUCCAAUCUCCAGCCCCGAACCCGAGGAUGCCAUCAAAGAUAAUGGGUUUGGGAUAAAGCCCAAGCACGCUGACAGUUACUUCCCACCCCCUCCUGGGUGUGAGUCUGUGGGGGGCCCGGUCCUGGAGGCUCUGACUAAGUUUCCAGUCCCAGAGCUGCAUAUGUUUGAUCACUUUUGUAAGAAAGAGCCCAAGCCAGAACCCCUGCCCCUGGGGAGUCAGCAGGAGCACGAGCAAGGUGGGCAGAAGGCAGUGGAACCUCACAAGGAGCUGGAUACCAGUCGAUUCUUUGGGGAAGCUUUGGAGUUCAACAGCCACCCCGGCCACAGUAUCGGAGAGCCUAAGGGGCUUGCCUCGGAGCUAGGUACCUGCUCGUCAGUGCCCCCUAGGCAGCGUCUUAAGCCAGCUCAUUCCAAGCUGUCCUCUUGUGUUGCAGCCUUGGUGGCCCUGCAGGCUAAACGAGUGGCCAGUGUCACCAAGGAGGAUCAGCCUACCCACACAAAGGAUCCCUCAGGGCCCACAAAAGAGGGCUCCAAAGGCAGCCCCAAAAUGCCCAAGUCACCAAAGAGUCCCCGGAGCCCUCUGGAGGCCACUAGAAAAAGUAUCAAGCCAUCAGACAGCCCUCGGAGCAUCUGCAGUGACAGCAGCAGCAAAGGCUCCCCUUCUGUGGCUGCCAGCUCCCCACCAGCAAUUCCCAAAGUCAGAAUCAAAACCAUUAAGACAUCAUCAGGGGAAAUCAAACGGACUGUCACAAGGAUCCUACCAGACCCUGACGAUCCCAGUAAGUCCCCUGCUGGGUCACCUCUAGGAAGCGCCAUUGCUGAGGCCCCGAGCGAGGUGCAGGAGGAUGAGGUCACUGCCCUGUCUGGGGCGGAGCACUUUCUUGAGGUGGGCACAAAUUCAGGGAGCCCUCAGGGUGACAGGAAGGGGGAUGAGAGCAUGACAAAAGCCAGUGAAUCUUCAACUUCCUGCUGCAGCUCUGGGUCCCGGGGCCCAAAGGGGGCUGCCUCGGGCUCACAGAUGGGCAAGAAGCAGCAGCAGAGCACAGCACUGCAGGCAUCCACCCUGGCCCCUGCCAACCUCCUGCCCAAAGCCGUGCACCUGGCCAACCUGAAUCUGGUCCCCCACAGUGUGGCCGCGUCCGUGACGGCCAAGUCCUCAGCACAGAGGCGGAGCCAGCCACAGCUCACGCAGAUGUCGGUGCCCCUGGUCCACCAGGUGAAAAAGGCCGCCCCACUGGUUGUGGAGGUCUUCAACAAGGUCCUCCACAGCUCCAACCCCGUGCCCCUCUACGCGCCAAAUCUCAGCCCGCCUGCGGACAGCAGGAUCCACGUGCCGGCCAGUGGGUACUGCUGCCUGGAGUGUGGGGAUGCGUUUGCCUUAGAGAAGAGCCUGAGCCAGCACUACAGCCGGCGGAGCGUCCACAUCGAGGUGCUGUGCACACUGUGCUCCCAGACGCUGCUCUUCUUCAACAAGUGCAGCCUGCUCCGGCAUGCCCGUGACCACAAGAGCAAGGGUCUCGUCAUGCAGUGCUCUCAGCUGCUUGUGAAGCCCAUCUCUGCGGACCAAAUGUUCGUGUCGGCCCCCGCGAACUCCACGGCACCAGCAACCCCGGCUCCCCCCUCCUCCCCCAAACACGGCCUCACUUCAAGCAGUGCCAGCCCCCCACUCCCAGCUUUGCCACUCUACCCAGACCCUGUGAGGCUCAUCCGGCACAGUAUCAAGUGUCUCGAAUGUCACAAGCAGAUGCGAGACUACAUGGCUAUGGCUGCACAUUUCCAGAGGAUGACGGAGGAAACCGAGGGGCUGACUUGCCAGGUGUGCCAGAUGCUGCUGCCCAACCAGUGCAGUUUCUGUGCCCACCAGCGGAUCCACGCCCACAAGUCCCCCUACUGUUGUCCGGAGUGUGGAGCCCUCUGUCGCUCUGCCUACUUCCAGACGCAUGUAAAGGAGAAUUGCCUGCACUAUGCCCGCAAGGUGGGCUACAGGUGCAUCCACUGUGGGGUAGUCCACUUGACCUUGGCCUUGCUGAAAAGCCACAUCCAGGAGCGACACUGCCAGGUUUUCCACAAAUGUGCAUUCUGCCCCAUGGCCUUCAAGACUGCCAGUAGCACCGCGGACCACAGCACCACCCAGCAUCCCACCCAGCCCCACAGACCCUCCCAGCUCAUUUAUAAGUGCUCCUGUGAAAUGGUCUUCAACAAGAAGAGGCACAUUCAGCAGCAUUUUUACCAGAAUGCCAGUAAGGCGCAGGUGGGCGUCUUCAAGUGCCCUGAGUGCCCGCUCUUGUUCCUGCAGAAGCCAGAGUUGAUGCAACAUGUCAAGAGCACCCACGGUGUUCCCCGAAACGUGGACGAGCUGUCAAGCCUCCAGUCUUCAGCAGACACAUCUUCAAGCCGCCCUGGCUCUCGAGUUCCCACUGAACCCCCAGCCACUAAUGUGGCUGCUCGGGGCAGCUCCCUGCCCUCUAGCCGCUGGGGCAGGCCGGAAGCCCAUCGCAGGGGUGAGGCCAGGCCCCGGCUGAGGAACACUGGCUGGACCUGCCAGGAGUGCCAGGAGUGGGUUCCUGAUCGGGAGAGCUAUGUGUCCCACAUGAAAAAGAGCCAUGGUCGGACGUUGAAGCGGUACCCAUGUCGGCAGUGUGAACAGUCCUUCCAUACCCCCAACAGCCUGCGCAAACACAUCCGCAACAACCACGACACAGUAAAGAAAGUCUACACUUGUGGGUAUUGCACAGAGGACAGCCCCAGCUUUCCUCGGCCCUCCCUCCUGGAGAGCCACAUCAGCCUUAUGCAUGGUAUCAGAAACCCUGAUUUGAGCCAGACGUCCAAAGUCAGACCUUCGGGCGGACAUUCCCCUCAGGUGAACCAUCUGAAAAGACCAGUCAGCAGAGCAGGGGAUGCUCCAGACACCAGCAAUGGCGCGACUGUCUCUUCCACCAAAAGGCACAAGUCCCUUUUCCAGUGUGCGAAAUGUAGCUUUGCCACAGACUCAGGGCUCGAGUUUCAGAGCCACAUACCUCAGCACCAGAAGGACAGCUCCACAGCCCAGUGUCUCCUCUGUGGCUUGUGCUACACCUCUGCCAGCUCCCUCAGCCGCCACCUCUUCAUCGUCCACAAGGUGAGAGACCAGGAGGAGGAAGAGGCAGAGGCAGCAGAGCCAGAGGAGGGCUCUGGGGAGGAGGUGUCCGUGGAGACCAGGGAGAACGGACUGGAAGAGUGUGCCGAGGAGCCUCUGUUGGGUGACUCAGAGGCCAGGAGGUCACUGGGCCUGGCCCCUGACGAGGAUGGUGCCCAAGAUGCUCAGAGUCAACCACAGGCCUCUCAGGACCGGGACAGCCACACACCGUCCCCACAGGUGUGACUGGAAGCUUUGCAGUGCGCAGUCGGGUGGUGCCGUGGUGUCCUCCGCCUGCCACGCGGACAGUGGGAAAGAGAAGGCUCCACCCCGGUGUGAGUGUGGCUGGCUGGGCCCUGGAGCAGUGUCUGCCCUGAGCUGCUGGGGGCUGGGUGUCCCCCAGCCCCAGGAGAUGGCGGGGUCGUCCAGGACCCUCACAGCUCUGAAUUUGCUUCUGUUAUUUAUGGCUUUGUGCUGCUUCCUGGUACCCCAACUUUUGUCUGCGUCCUUCCAGCCCCAGGCUGCUUAAGUGGCCCAACCCCGAUGCUGUCACCCCAGCUAGAAACCCCUCAGCAGCUGUGCUCUUCUGGGAGGCUCCCCGCUCGCUGCCUUCAGCCAGGGGCUCCUGACAGCAGCUCUCUUUCUUGCCACUGGAGCCUGAGAAGGGGGAUGAGGGUGCUGGUGCAGUCCCUCUCAGAGAGCUCGCCCAGCCUGGCUUGCAGAGGGCCCUUGGUCACCAUGCCGUUCCUUUCUGUCUUCUCUGAUUCGUUCCCCAAAAAAGAGUCCUGGAGAAUUAAUUGUCACACUGGCCCAUCCUGUCUGUGUGGGGGGAGAAACUUCUGCAGCACACCUCUGUCUGGAACCCGGGAGAGCAGGAAACGCAGCCAAGUCAGGCAGGCACCGAGAGGCAGACCCCCUUCAGAAGGAGCUGUGCGUCCUUGUUCUGCUGCUGUUCUGCCUUUCCUGACGAGCGGGGUUUGGGGCGCAGAGACACUGGGAUAUUUGUACUCUUGCUCCUGUGCCAUUAGAGAGGCUGCUGCCCCAGGCAGGCCAGCCCCUCCUCCUCUCGGCUGCACCCGUGUUGCUCAGACUAUAUUUCAAAUAAAAAAAUCUUCUUACCAUGCAGGUAGGCUCUUGUAUUCCUCUUCCAGUGAGCCUGGCCCUACCCUACUCCACCUAAGACUUCCCUCAUUGUCCCAUCUCUGAGGGAGAACAGUGUUUCCUGCUGCCCAAGGACAGUCCUCUCUAGAUUUUGGAGCUGUGGUGUGGAAACCAGGAGCUCAGUACUUCUGAAGGGGUGAGGGGAGGGUCUUAUGCUGGUCAAGAGUCACCUCCAAGUUCUCCCCUGAGCUAGCAGCCUUGGUUUUUAGGGCUUAUUGAAAUUUUCCUGGGCACCUCCAUCUUUCCUACAAACGGUUUUUCAAACUAAGAGAACCCUUUACUGGUGGGAGGAGGGAGAGGGAUAGAAGGGAGGAAUUCUGUACUUUUCUUGCACUGUUCAAGAGGCCUUGAUAUCACCCCUGCCACAGGGAACUCGGGCGUGGCAGAAUUGGGAUUAGACAUGGGAGGCUGGGCUGUCUUUUCUCUGAUGGCAGAGUUAGGACCUGACCUAGCACAAGGAGCCGGCUGUGCGGAGGUGUCCUCUGACCUCUGCUCCGAGUAGCUGCUGCAGCCCUGCAUGGGUGGGAUGUGGGGCUGGGCCCAGCAGGAUCUAGUGCAGCAAAGGGAAGUGGGUGCUGACUGCAUUCUUAGAGGCGAUCCUUCAAGGAAGACAUUGAAUAUCAAUGAUAAAUUAUUAAGUCAGGUAAAUAUGCCUGACCUUUUCACAAUUGAAAAAAAAAUUUCUUCCUCUAUCAAAUGCCAGAUUUUUAGUGGAAAUGCUAAUGGCAUUGGGAAAGGUUAGCGCUUGUUUCAGUUUCAGAGAAACAGUGCUUCUUAAUGAUUGCCAUACCUGGCAAGGCCACCAUGUCCCUGCUUCCCAAGCAGGCAGCGAGGGCAAACCGGGCCUGAUUCCGGCUGCACGCAGAGCCAGAGCUGGCCCCAACUCAGCUGUCAUCCCUUCCUAAUUCCAGUUGCAGGGUGCCUACCCUGCACCCGGGGCCAUUCACAGGAACAGAUUAUAGAGGAGGCUGAUAGAAGCGUUUGAAAUGGAUGGCCGAACCACUUUCAGAGACAGUAUAGCUGGAGCUGGGGGAGAGGAGGUGGUGAAAUCACAGGUUUGACCUGUCCUGACCUCAGAUCUAUCUCCUUCCUGGGAAUGGUAUGGAGUGGAAAGAAUGUCGAGCCACUCACCAAGAAACCUGGGUCACAGCCUGGGUUCUGCCCUCAACCAGCUCUUAACAAACCCUCUUAACUUCACCAGCCCCUCCCCUUCAAGAUAGACCUAGUAUUUCCCAUCCAACUCGAUUCACAGGCUUUUGUGAGGUGAUAAGUAUGGAAGCAUUUUCUAGUUUAGGAAACACUAUCAAUGUCAGGGAUUAUUGACUAUGAAACACUAUCAAUGUCAGGGAUUAUUGACUAUGAAACACUAUCAAUGUCAGGGUGGAGUGUACCUUGCCGGCUAUUCAGACUUGAUGCUGAUGGUCAGUUAUGAUCGGUCUGGGACAUCUCUCCACUGUUUAGUAAGAGUGAUGAUUAACAGCACUUUAAGUCCUGCUUGUGGGCCCAGCAUCUUUCUAAAAACACUUUGCAGUGAUUCUCACUUUGUCCUCACAGUGAUCUCACAGUUAGCCUCCACUGUACAGAGAAGAAAACCGAGGCUCAGAGAGGUUAAAUAAGUUGCUGGGUGACCUUGUAAGUCAAGCCCAUCUGGUUCUAAAGUCCAUGAUGUCAGCUGCUGUGUUGCCUUAGUGACCCGGCUACUUUGGCUGGCUGCCAGCUUAUCAACAGUUUGCAGCCAUCCAGACAACUGCUUUCCUACCUCCCCUGCAGUUGGGGUGCCCCACUGAGCACCAGGUUCUCUUUGGAGUCAGUCUGUGCCUUUUCACCCCAAGGAGGGCCCUGUGCAUCACAUUUGCUUGUGGCGUUCCAAAGCACAUGCAGUGUCUCUGUGACCUUUCAUUCUCAUUGGGAUUUAUCUUGCCAUUUGAAGAUCAUUAUUUUGGUGAGGCUAUUACAGAAAAAGUGGCCCAACCCUCACAGGGAACAUGGUUCCCUCAGGGUCCAAUAUCUUCUGAUCUUUUUUUUUAAAGAUGUUUUAAAAUAGUUGUGCUAUCAUUUGUUAUCAGAAAAUGCUUGCUGUAACAAGCACUUAUCUGCUGGAGUGAAUGCUCUACUGAUCAAGUUAAACAGAUAAGAUCCCCACCCUUGUAGAAACUACAAUUUAAUACACUCUAAGGCUUGACAAAUGACUAGUAUUUAUUUUCCAACUCCUUUAUCUCUGUAAAAUGAUAUGCCGAAUUACUAUAAGCUAAUUGGUGUAGAAAGAGCUCUUCCCUUAACUUAUGUAAACAGUCUGGCUUUUGAAAACAGCUGUGGUUCAGCAAGUUCAACACACUUUGCCUUCCCCGAGACUGCAGAAAAACCCCUCUGCCUGCCCUGGUCAUCACUGUGUAUUCAGCUCUGGGCACACUUUCUUUUACUUGUUUUUAAUUUUUUUUUUCAUUUUUGGAAAAAAUUAAUACACAUACAUGGUAAGACGUCCAAACAAUGCAAAAAGAGAAUACAAUGAAAAGUAAGCUUCCCAAUGGAGGUCAGCCUUCAGUUCCACAUCCCCCUCUCCAGAAUUAAUCACUGUUUCUAUAUCUUAUGUAUCCUUCCUGAGCAAUUCUAUGCAUUUACAAGUUUUUAAAUAUGUAUAUUUAUAUAUCUAUUUUUAAUACAAAUGGUAGCAUUCUA